GACAUAUGCUGCAGUCACGUCAAGAUAAUCUCAUAGGCGUUUUAUGAUGCGACUUGGCUACUUAAGCAGAACGAGGUUUCCGUCCGAUGUUGCGCUCUUCAGAAUCUCAUCAGACUGUUGGCCAUUCGGGACCACUAUAGAGUCGUGCUAAGGGCUGUUUACAUGGCACACCUAUUCAAAACUGCUCGGACAAAAAUGCUCGGACAAGCCGUUGCGUUACUCUGCCUGCUCGCUGGAGACGCAGGCGGGCUUGCAUUUGCUAACGCUGAACCUGCGUGGCGUGAAAAGGAGAGACUGCUGGAGAACAACAAGACGCUGCCGUGUGCGGCGUCGGGAACUUGCUCCUUGGGGCAUACACGCCAAUGGACUGGCGACAUAUACCCGCUUCAAGGCCUGCGGGACUGCCUCCGUGCGCGUGUGUACCGGCGGGAGAUCAUCCUGGUGUCUGAGAACCGGCUGGUGGCGGGGUUCCAGCUGUACGACAACAUGAUGCAGAUGGGCUACGACCACAUCGUGUUGAUGUCCACGGAGGAAAACUGCAAGCGGGCGCUCAGGGCCUGGCCGCAGGUGUCGUGCAUCUGGUCCAGCCAGGUCUUUGCGGCGACACCCAAGUACAUGUUAGACAGGCAUGCGUUUCUGCCCAGGGCAGCGCGCCUGGGAGUCAACGUGCUGUGUCUGGACAGUGACUCCAUGUUCUUGAGUGACAUCUACUCACACUUGAAGGCCCCGCCACUGCGGGACAUGGCGCUGAUGGCGCUCAAGGACCCGGCCAUUGGCUGGCUCAACUCGGCGGUCGUCUAUGUGCAGAAUGCGCGGCCGGACGGGCCAUCAGUGUACGUUUUGAACGAAGUCAUUGACCGCCUGGAGCGAUGGGCGGAAGCUCGCGAGUACAUGCUUGGACGGAAUAGGAAAGACUUCUGCUGGGAGCAGAUGGCCAUGAGCGACAUCCUCAUGUCGGCGGUAAUUGGGCGGCCCAUCGCCUAUGGCUGCUGGAAUUGGGACCGCAACGUCACGUACCGGGAUGCAUGGGAGGGGGCACACAAGCGCUACUUUGGCUAUAACGAAACCGGUGGCAUCGGCUCCUGGCACUUCCUCAAGGAGACCAAGGUGCCCUGGCCCAAGUCACUUGCAGAACACGCACCCGGGUUCCGGCGCACUGAGGGCGUCACGCAUCAGCAAGUAAUACAGAUUCCCAACACACAGGGCGUGUGGCCCGAGGAGUUCGGCGGGCCGCUGUAUGCGCCUGUACGCGGCAACAAGUCCCGCGCGUGGAUGGAGCUGAUCAAGUCAGACGGCAUGCCGUUAUGGGCGGAUCCUGAGGACCCAGCCCAGGCCGCCGCCAACGCCGCCAACCGCGAGCUCUUCACCUACCUGCCCGAGUGGAUCGGCAUUGCGUACGGCCAGGACGGCACCAGCGGAUACUGGAACCCGGCUCUGUACCGCGGCGCUAACGGCACUGGCACCUCGCCCUACGCGCUGGCGCACUUCUACCGCCUGUUUGGGGCGCCCAUGAACAAGCUCACCGUCAAGAUGGCGAACAACAUGUGGAACUGGGAGCUGUCGCACCUGCUGCACCCGCGCGGCGGCGUGUUCUUCGCCAGCACCGAGCACGCGCCCAUACCCGACGUGCUGGUGUAUUCGCCUGAGGUGGAGAACCGCGAGUGGGUGUCGCACGAGGAGUGGGACAAAGCAACCAAGGCCUUGACGCGGCUUGCCAUGGAGAUGGGGCGCACCGUCGUGUACCCCGCGCCACGCUGCAACCUAACCUGGCUGGGCGGCGAGCGGAACAACCACCUGCCGCUGGAAAUACCCAUGCAGUUCAAACACCAAUGCAUCCCCUACUCACCCUCGGGGAAAGGCUUCAACGACAACCGCUGCAUGCUAGGCGGCUACCUCAUGCAGGGCUGCAUGGCCGCGCGAUGGUACUUUGCUGGCGGCAUGUUCCCGCCCGAGUACGACCACCUUGUGGUGCACAUCCGGGACAAGGCCGCGGAGCACCCCGUGGCCACCGUGGCGGCGGAGCAGCUGGCGAGGAGCUGGGACUCGGAGGAGCUGGCAAAGACGCUCAUGGCGCAGCAUGGCGGCCUGGGUGCGGGACUGUUCCAUCCCAAGAUAGCUGAGAAGCUGGGAGCCGCGGCGGUGCCAGCAGUGCCGGCUGCUGCGCAGAAGCCCAGGGUACUUAUAAUCCCUAGUGUGCUGCAGCUCACCGAUAAGGUGGGGCCGCGGGAGCAGCUGUACCGGGACCAUGAGCGGGAGGACUUCAAUGUCAUGAGCUGUCCCUGGAUCCAGAAUAAACCGUUUGUGUAGGUAGGGCACUCACGGAUCCCCAACCCACGGGCGGAAGGAAGACCCUGCGCACUGCAACCUCCUCCGUUCAUGCAUGGACAGCAUACCUGGGAUCAAGGGCUCAGUCAUGCAGGUGCAGUAGGCUUGCAAGUCUGGAGGAAUACGACAAACGCUGGGCACGGUCGAGGACAGCCGCUGGAGACAUUCAUUGGUCGUAGCUAGCAAGCGGUGGGAGAGCGCGGGUAGUUUGCGCGAGCUGAGUUGCCCUGCAUAUCGCUUCAGGGUAGCCAUGUAGCCAGCAUGGGGUCGUUGAUUAGUCGGGGUGAGCAGGCUGCCAUGUUCGCCUGCUACAUAGCUGCAGUGUCCCAGCGGCAGGCAGCCGCUGAAAGAAGCGGCAUUAGCGUCUUGACUCGCAACAGUGGAUGGUACAGUCUCAGCCACACCUGGUCUUGGUGCUGGGCAGGCGCACUGUCAACUUGGACUGGUCCUGGAGCCGAUACGUCAUAGCACACAAACAUGUCACGACUGGAUCCUCCAUGGAGUUUGGUGCGGGACUGAGCUUUAGCGCUGUGAGUUUUUGCGGUGCUAGCACGUUUUUGGGGCCCUGGCUUAGUCCACGGCUGUCGUCCCACAUGUAACCUCUAUCAGCUAGCUUCUGGUUUUGCUGGGUUGUGCGGGUUUGAGGGUGUGCGGUGACGUUUCUCGCCCAAGGGCUUGCAUUGAUGCGCAUGAAUUCACGUCUAACAAGGCUGCCGAUG